UAAUGACACUUGGUACCACUCCUGUGUCGUUUCCUGUGAAGAAAUCCAAGAGGCCAAAAGUUGCUCAACUCUUUGAUUAUUUUAGUCAAAACAGCACCAAAAAUCAAGAAAAAGAAGCCACCGAUCGUAUUUAGGGGGUCUAAGAGUAAAGUGGUUCAAUGGGCUGUUGUUUUAGUGGGAGCGAUGAUGAUGCAAAUCAGGGGCAGGCGAAUGAAAGAUCACCACUUUUGGCGGGCGACCAAACAGCCCCGAUACCUAACAGUCAACGAGCAGGAGAUGAUGGUGUACAUGGUGCAUCAACACCACUUUCAAAGACUGAUGAACAAUCUAUGCUUAGCAGAAUAUUACAUCAAACCGCAAACAAAGUGAUAGACGUUUCAUCAACAGAACCUCACAGUUUAGAACGGACAGAAUAUAUGGAAAGAUCGAGAUUAUAUUUAUCAAAGUUGUCUAAUGUUAAUACAAGUAGCAUUCCAAGGGGAAAGCCGUUUCCUCAAGGUGUCAGUGUUCCAAAUGCUGUUCUUUCGGCUGACCCAGUUUCUGUAGCAGACAUAAAUAUGGUAAUAUCUGCGUCCAAAGGAGCCGAGGUUGCCUUGUCAGGAUUCCAUGUUGAACACAAAGAACCCCUUGUUGUAACCUUUGGAUCAACAUAGCUCAUCUAUCACAUCAUUAGGAAUAAUUAAAAUAAUCAAGAGUCUCAACGCCGGUGACCGACAUAAAAUAUGCUGCUUGGAGACUAACCUUGGCAUUAAUAAUGUAGGAUGAUUACAAUACAUACAUAUGAUAACACUUCCUGGGUUCCAAUAAACAUUCAUUAAACUUCCUUAACUUUUUGAAAGGCAUUUCUAGAAAACAAAGAAAUGCUACUCAAGGAAAUGAAACAUGAACAAAAAUGACAUUAGAAAGCUUAGAAUAAACAAAAAGUGUGAAGUACACUGAAUCUUAUAAUAGUAUAGUUAGUAGAGUGCAAACAAUAGAGUACAAACACUAAAAGUGUGCAACACUUUGCAYUAUUUAGUAGUAAAUAGUGCUAAUUAAACAAUAGAAAACAAUAGGAUUAGCAUAAUUAAGCAGUAUUUAGUGGCAUUUAUGUUACACACUUAUAGUGUUUGUACUCUAUAUCCGUGAAAUUUUAUCCUAAUUCUGUUGUCUUUUCUUUUGUUUAACUAGCACUAUUUUGAACAAUUUAGUAAUUAGUGUUUCACGGAUAAAUUGUUUGCACUCUAUACUUCGACGAAGGACUAGCGUCCGAAACGUCAGUAAAUUUUUUCAUCCUUUCACGGUGUAUAAUUUACCUUUUUAUCAUUACUGUUUCAUUAGAAACACCGACGCAGCUCACACUAGUUUUUAGCUAGUUAUAUCUUCUUGCACUCUAUAGUAGCAUACUUGUUUAUUGCAAUCAUUCUCUUUAGCAAAGUAUACAUAGUUGGAUACUCUUUGAAUGUUGAGCACUUGCAUUCAUUGGAUGAAUAACUAUGAAUCGAUAAUGCCCAGCUUUAUUGAAUGGAAGGACGCCAUCUAGUAUCAAUGCAUGACAUUAUAAUAUAACUGUUAUUAAUCUCCCGUUCUGAUUGGUUGGAAGCGCGUGCCUUAUAAGAGCACCCAGCACGUUCGCGCACUUUCAGUUGUGUCAUUCCUAUCUAAAAUAACGGUUAUUGUAAUUCGUAUUUUAUAAAAGGAAAUAGAAAAUCUGCUUGCUGUGCUGUGUGCAGUCGUAAAGCACUUGGGGAUUGGCAGAACACUCAAGAAGUGUCGAGAAGCACUCCGCUACACUUCUCUCAUGUUCUGCCAACCCUCGCGUGCUUUAUAACUGCACAAAGUACAUGCGCGCAUUUUCUGUUUCUUCAAUACUCAUUACUAGACCUCUAUCUGCCUAUUAUCUUAUAUCAAAAUAUAUUUCAAUUAUGCUUUAAGUGGCCUUUUUUGUCUUCUGUUUUUAUGGAAGGGAAGGAAAACACCCUCUUGUAGGAUAGCCAGUGUUUGUUAGCUACAACAUGAUAGACGUUUUUCAUUUUGUUGUACUGAAUAAGAACAUGGUAGCUUAUGGGAAAAUAAGAAUUUUCCUGUUGGGUGUGAUUGAAAAAAUGUAUUAAAAUUUAGAACAAAAUUUAAAAUGUAUGUAACGGUACAUGACUUUUAUAAAUGACCCUUUAUCCUCCUUAAAAAAAAUAAAUUGAUUGCGUCGA